UGCAACGGGAAACAGUGGUGUAAAGUCAAAGCCAGUAACUAUGUGUUCGGAGAUCCCUGCUAUGGAACCUACAAGUACCUGGAGGUGGAAUAUAUUUGUUACGAAACCCUCCAUUCCCUGGUUGAAGGCACACUGCUGCUAGUGAGUCCUGCUGCUGCUGCUGCUUGGAUUCUUCAUCACAACAAGAUGAAAUUCGUCCUUUUUACUUUGUUCCUUUGUGGAUUCGUCCUGGAAAUCAAUGCUGGACGUGGUUUUCAAAAACCGAAAAAACCAAGGUUGUCCACACAAUUACAAACUGCUGUGGCAUGUGAGGGAUCAGAGGCUCAAUUAUCGUGUGCGAAUGAGGAUAUAUUUGUGGUCAGUGCUAUAUAUGGACGCAGCGAUCGGAUGAUGUGCUCCUAUGGGAUACCUGACGAGCAGACGAAGAACACUAAUUGUGCUAUGAUGGCAAAUUCAGUGUUACAGAGAUGCGAUGGGGAAACGAUGUGCACUGUUUUUGCCAGUAGCUCUGUGUUCGGAGAUCCCUGUGUUGGGACCUACAAGUACCUGGAGGUGAUAUAUCUAUGUUAAACGACGAUCAGAUCUGCUGUGCUGAGGAUGAAAUGCAUCAUAAUCAGUAACAUCUACAGACGUUGUGAUCCACUGAUGUGCA